AUGACGGAGAGACUGCCUCAUGAUCUGAACUGCUUGACCAUCACGGAGCUGCAGAAGCAUGCCGCCGUGAUGAUGGACAAGCAGACUCGUGACUACUACAACGAGGGUGCCGAUUCUGGCAGCACACUCCAAGAAAAUCUGGACGCAUAUGCCAAAUACCGUAUUCGGCCCAGAGUUCUGCGGGAUGUAUCAAAGAUUGAUACCAGCGUAAACAUUUUUGGACACAAGAACAGCAUUCCCCUGGGAGUAGCACCGACGGCAAUGCAAAGGCUCGCUCAUUCGGACGGAGAACUGGCAACUGCGAGGGCCUGCAAGAAGACGGGUAUCGCAAUGGGUCUCUCUUCGUUCGCAACAACAACAUUGGAGGAUGUGGCCGAGGCGAGUGGCGACAACCCACAUGUGCUGCAACUGUAUCUCUUCGAAGAACGUGAUCACAGUAUCAAGUUGCUGAAGAGAGCAAAGGCGGCAGGGUACAAGGCUGUUUUCCUCACUGUCGACACACCGAUGCUUGGUCGCCGCAAUCUUGAGAUCAGAAAUCAAUUCAAGCUGCCAGGACAUCUCACUAUUCCAAACUUCCAGGAGCAAGGCGACGAAAAGCCAGAGGCUGAGGCCGAGCAGAGAGGACAAGGUAGAGCUAGAAGAGCCAGCGAGGCCGGAUACACAGACAGCGAGGGCAAAAGAGUGCUGCCAAAGGGACCCAUCACCUUCCACUCGCACGCAGGAAACCCCACUCUUUCGUGGGAGCGCGAUAUUGAAUGGUUGAAGAAGGAGUGCGGAGACGAGAUGCAGGUGUGGGUCAAGGGCAUCGCAACCGCCGAAGAUGCUCUGUUGGCUGUCCACCAUGGCGUCGACGGUAUUGUCGUGUCAAACCACGGCGGACGACAGCUGAACGGCGCAUUGGCGACAUUGGACGCGCUGCCCGAGGUGGCGGCAGCAGUGCAGGGCAAGAUCCCAGUGCACGUAGACGGUGGAAUUCGACACGGCACGGAUGUGUUCAAGGCAUUGGCCCUCGGAGCAGACUUUGUAUGGAUUGGCAGACCGGUUCUUUGGGGACUGGCAUACAAGGGUCAAGAGGGAGUUGAGCUGUGCUUGCGCCUGCUCUCAGACGAGAUCAAAUUGGCCAUGGCUCUGGCAGGAGUAGUCAAGGUCGACGAGAUUUCCAAGGAAUAUCUGGUCAAGAUGGACAAGAGUGGAUUUAUCGCAAGAUUGUAG